AACAUGAGAGAAAUAUGGAUUUUAAUUUUGAGCUUACUCCAAGGUAGCUUGGAUAUUACUAUAUGUCAAGACGUUACUACACAAUUUCUCCUGCAGGAUGAAUUGCUUGAGCUUUCAAAUAUGUCCCUUAUUAAGCCAGGUCUGGAAUUAACAGAAGAGGACCUACAAAGACUGAUUAGCAAUUUUCUUGUCCUGAACACAACACCCGAUAAGAAAAUCUCACAAUCAGCCAAGAAUAAAAAAUCAGAAAACAAAAAAGUUUCAUCGACAGCCCACCAUCACAACCCAUCAAAUACUAACAAACACAGUGUCAAAGAGAUCAGAGAAGUUAAGAUUUCUUCUCAACCUUUUAAAGAUAUUGAUUGUAAAUCCUCUAAAGAUAUAUUACCUCAUAUAUUAAGUAUUGUUUUGGGUCACAAAGAUGAUGAAACAAAUACUUAUACAGAGAAUAAGUGCCCUUGUCCCAUACAAAACCAAAAUAAUACAGAUUACGAUCUUGAUAUACUACAUCUAAAUAAUAUAGAUCAUGUAAAAUAUAUUCACAAUGUUUUGGUGUGCAGUACAGAUCAACAAUGCCAACCUAACAUUUACUGUGAUAAAAAAAAUGUCUGUCAAUUUAUCUGCCAUGAAUUGGUCAUGCCUGAUUGUGAGCGGGUUGGUUUUUGCCCAAAUCAACUUUGUGUUGAAAUAUUUGAAGACUCUACAAGGUCUUGCAAUGAUGACACUGAAUGUCCUGUCAACACUGUUUGUAGUCUGUUCCAAAAAUGUGUGUCAGUAAGAGAACUUGAACCUCCAUUCCCAAUGCCAUCAUAUUCACCAAAGUAUUCAUCACAAGUAAGCGUAUAUAUCCAAAUUCCAAAAACGGAAUACAAAGAUGGGGAAGAUCGAGAUAUUGACUUAUUGUUUUCUCAGAAAAUUAUUCAUAACAUUAAAGUUUGUGAAAAAGAAGACAGUUGUAGACCAAACAGUUAUUGCACAGAAGAAAACAGAUGCAAAUUUAGUUGUCAGAAGUUCGAUUGUUUAGAAGCCAAUAUAUGUACAAAAGAGAUUUGCAGAGAGAUUUUUCCAUUUAAUUCAAUGUUAUGCACAUCUAAUUCAGAUUGUCCAAUUCUGACAAUUUGUAGUUUGUUUAAAAAAUGUGUCUCUGUGUCCGAUCUUCAUCCUCCAAUCCUGGUUUCAUCUUUAGUCGAUGAUGAUCAAAUGCUUGUUAAACUAUUUUUGCAGAUGCCCCGACAGAACCUCACAAGUGAUGAUUUAUUAGACAACAAAGAAAAUUCAAACUCGAUCCCUCAGUAUGACUUUGUUUCCAACAAAUACCAUAAUGUUGUUCACAAUAUUUUGAUGUGCAACGAAGAUUCAGAAUGUCAGCCAAAUAUCUACUGUAGAAAUGCCACAAAUUGUGAAUACACAUGUCAGUAUAUCAAUAAAAAAUGUGAACAUGGUCUGGAUUGCUCAAGAACUAAAAGAAUAUGCACAGAGGUCUUAUCUUUAGAUUUUGAUCUUUGUAGGUUGGAUUCAGAUUGUCCCUUAUUUUCUGAAUGUAGUUUAUUCAAGAAAUGUGUUUCAACAGCUUCCUUAAAUCCUCCAACAUUUAUUUCCUCAUCCUUUUCAGAUCAAGGUAUUUCUCUGUACAUAUUUAUCCAGACUUCGAAACUUGACACUGAUCUUCAACUUAUCAAAGAACCAAAUGAAGACAGUCUUACAACAAUAGUACACAACAUAAUGGUCUGUGGUGACAGGGAAAAAUGUAAGUCAAAUCCAUAUUGUCAGAAUAAUGCAAAUUGCGAUUUUCAAUGUCAUGAAUCAAAGACAUAUGCUGAUUUGGAAACUUUAUGUUAUUCAAAAGUUUGUGUUGAAAUUUUUCCUGUUGGUUUACAGGAAUGUAGCUUCGAUUCAGAGUGUCCUACAAUGUCUGUUUGUAGUGCUUUCAACAAAUGUGUUUCCACAUCUUACUUAAAAGCUCCAAACUUUAUUUCAUCUUCUUCUCAGCAUUCCAAUGUAACAAUUCUAACUUAUAUUCAAACUCCGAAAGCAAGAGAAGCAACUGACAUACCUUUGCAAAAUGUGGAACCAAUGGUGCGAAACAUUAUGGAAUGCAAUGAUGGUAUGGAAUGCAGACCUAAUGUUUAUUGUAACAAGAACACAAAUUGCAGUUUUGAAUGUCAUAACCUGGAAGCAGAAUGCAAAGGUCAAUCAGUUUGUAGGAAUCAAGUUUGCAUGGAAAUGUUUCCCCUUGGUGGAGGUGGUUGUAAUUUGGAUUCAGAAUGUCCAGUUCAAACUCAAUGUAGUCACUUCAGAAAGUGUGUUUCAACAGAAAACCUAAAUCUUCCAAUCCUGAUAUCUUCAUCAGAUCUAGAUUUAGGCAAGACAUUUCCUAUUUAUCUUCAAACUUCUAAAUCAAAUGAAUUAAAUAAAAGUACAACCCAACCAUCAAUUUCAGAUUCUGGAAUUACAAUACAUAACAUGAUAGAGUGCAACAGAGAAACAUUGUGUGUUCCAAAUGUGUACUGCAGAAAUAACAUCAAUUGUAAAUUUGAAUGCACAAUCACCGAAAAUAAAUGUACUGUUAAUGACUCAUGUACAUUUAAAGUAUGUACUGAACAAUUUACAUAUCUACCAGAAUGUUCCACAAAUUUUGAUUGCACUAACUCAACAAUAUGCAGUCUUUUCCAAAAAUGCUUAUCUAUAUCAAACUUUAACCCCCCAAUCCAACUAUCCUCUUCAAUGUUUGGAAUGAAUUCAAAAACAUAUGUGUAUUUACAAACUCCAAGAAGUACAAAAAGUCAGCCUUCAGUAAUCCCAGAUUAUGAUUUUCCAAAUCUGCAAGAUCCCCAGAUUGAUUCAGAACAUUUCAUACAGAAUAUCAUGGAAUGCAAGGAAGAGAAAGAUUGCAAGCCAAAUAUUUAUUGUAUAGAUAAUGUGAAAUGUAAAUUUGAGUGUAACAAUUUAACAAACCAAUGUCUAGGUCUGAACGAAUGCCCAGUGAAAGUUUGUACUGAAAUAUUUUUAGAUAUUCCGCAGUGUGCAACAAAUUUAGAUUGUCCUAAUUGGACAACUUGCAGUUUGUAUCUGCAGUGUGUAAUGAUCUCAAAUUUAAACCCUCCAAUACGCAUUGCAUCAAUAAAUCCAAACUCCCAAGUUUAUUUACAAACUUCAAGACCAAAACAAGAAGAUCUUACCAGUCUCCCAACUACAGCUCCAUUACAACCAGAAACAUUCAUUCACAAUAUAAUAGAAUGCAAUCAGGGUACAGUAUGUGAACCAAAUCCAUACUGUGUUGAUAACAUUUUUUGUAAAUUUGAAUGCAAUGAAACAUCUAAACAAUGUCUAGAUACGGGUUCCUGUCCUGCUCAAGUCUGCAAAGAAAUAUUUCCAUUAUUUCCUACGUUUUGCAAUACAGACCUAGAGUGCCCAAACAUGACUGUAUGUAGUCCUUACAAAAAAUGUGCUUCUUUAUAUUAUAGAAAUCCGCCUCUUUUUAUAUCCUCUUCAAUUUCAGAAAAAAACCAAAGGAUUGAUGUUUACUUACAAACUGCAAACACUAAACCUUCCCCUAAUGCUAACCCUGGAGAAGGUAACAAUGAUCCCAAAGAUAUAGAAACCUUUAUUCACAAUAUCAUGGAAUGUUCUGAAAUUGAGUGUGAACCAAAUAAAUAUUGUGUUGAUAACAUUCAUUGUACAUUCGAAUGCAAUUCAACAUCUAAUCAAUGCUUUCAAAGUGCUUUUUGCCCAACAAAAAUAUGUACUGAGAAAUUUCUACAACUUCCCCAACUCUGUAAAUCAGAUUUUGAGUGCCCAGAUAAUGCAGUUUGCAGUUUGUACAAAAAAUGCACAUCAAUAAAAGAUUUGAAUCCACCAAUUCAGAUUUCUUCUUCAUUUUCAGAGACAAAUCAAAGAACCAAUGUAUUUUUACAAACGGGUAAAACAAAACAAGAUAUUCAAGCUUCCCCAAAUGACUCUCAAGACAGUACAAGAGCUCCUGAUAACUCAGAUGUUGUUAUACGUAACAUAAUGGAAUGCAAUGUAAAUACGGAAUGCAAGGCAAAUCAAUAUUGUGUAGAUAACAUAAAUUGUAAAUUUGAAUGUAACAAAACAUCAAAUCAGUGCUUUGACAGCCAAAUAUGUGUGGCCAAGAUUUGUAGUGAAACAUUUCCACUGCUACCUCACCUUUGCACAACUGAUGUAGAUUGCCAAAAUAUGACUGUGUGUGCUCCAUUUAAAAAGUGUGUUAUAAUUUCCACACUGAACCCUCCAACCAAAAUUUCUACUUCAUUGCCAGAAACAAAUUCAAAACUUAUCAUCUACUUACAAACACUAAAACCUCUGUAUGAGAACACUUCUCCAGCUGCAACCACUGUUACAACAAUUCUAUCAGAAACACUUGUUCAAAAUGUUAUGGAAUGUAAUAAGGAAAUCGAGUGCAGGCCAAAUACAUACUGUGAAAGUGAUAGUAGAUGUAAAUUUGAAUGCAAAGAAACACAGCAUCAAUGUUCAAAUGAUUCUGUAUGCCCUUUGAAAGGCUGUACAGAAACGUUUCCCCUUUUGCCAGAGCUAUGUAAAACAGAUUUAGAUUGUCCAAAUUUAACAAUAUGCAGUCUGUACAAAAAAUGUGUAUUGAUUUCAUUUCUAAACCCCCCAACUCUUAUUUCCUUACCUGGGAUGGAUCCAAAUAUGCAAGUUUACUUACAGACUCCUAAGGUGGAGAAAGAUAAACUUAGCUCCACUGUGCCUGCCUCAACAAUUAUUGAUAUGAGUACAACUACUCCUCAAAAACAAGAAAUUUUUGUUCAUAAUAUCAUGGAAUGCAAUCUAGAAGAUCAGUGCAAACAAAAUAAUUAUUGUUUGAAUAAUCAGAAUUGCCAGUUUGAAUGCAACUCAACAACAAAAGAAUGUUUUGAAAAUACUUCAUGUGUUAUAAAAGUUUGCACUGAAAUAUUUCCACUUCUUCCUAAUUUGUGUAUUACAGAUUUAGAUUGUCCAAAUUUGACAGUAUGCAGUCAGUUCAAAAAAUGUGUAUUAAUAUCACAUUUGAACCCACCUACUCCAAUCACCCUCCCAGGAAUCGAUCCCAGUAUACAAGUUUAUUUACAAACUUCAAAAGAAAAAAAUGAACAACAAACCUCCGCAACAUCUCCAUCCAAUAAUAUGGACAUGAGUUCAACUUCUACUCAAAAACCAGAAACCAUGGUUCACAAUAUAAUGGAAUGCUAUGAAGAAGUUCAAUGUAAACAAAAUGAUUAUUGUUUGAAUAAUCAGAAUUGCCAGUUUGAAUGCAACUCAACAACAAAACAAUGUUUUGAAAAUACCUCAUGUGUUAUAAAAGUUUGCACUGAAAUAUUUCCACUUCUUCCAAAUUUGUGUAAUGUAGAUUUAGAUUGUCCUAAUUCGACAGUAUGUAGUCAGUACAAAAAAUGUGUAUUAAUAUCACAUUUGAACCCACCUACUCCAAUCACCCUUCCAGGAAUAGAUCCCAGUAUACAAGUUUAUUUACAAACUCCAAAAGCAAAAAUUGAACAACAAACCUCCUCAACUUCUACACCCAACAUUAUAAGCAUGAGUACAACUUCUACUCAACAACCAGAAAGAAUGGUUUUCAAUAUCAUGGAAUGCUUUAAAGAAGUUCAGUGCAAACAAAAUGAUUAUUGUAUUAAUAAUCAGAAUUGUAAGUUUGAAUGCAAUUCAACCUCAAAUCAAUGUUUUAAUAAUUCCUCAUGUGUUAUCAAAAUAUGCACUGAAAUAUUUCCACUAAUUCCUAAUUUGUGUAUUACUGAUUUAGAUUGUCCUACUUUGACUGUAUGCAGUCAGUUUAAACAAUGUGUAUUUAUCUCUCAUUUGAACCCACCAACUUCAAUCUCCAUUCCAGGAAUCGAUCCCAGUAUACAAGUUUAUUUACAAACUCCAAAAGAAAAAAUUGAACAACAAACCUCCACAACCUCUACAUCCAGCAUUUUCAGCCUGAGUACAACUUCUACUCAACAACCAGAAACCAUGGUUCACAAUAUCAUGGAAUGCUAUAAAGAAGUUCAGUGCAUACAAAAUGAUUAUUGUAUAAAUAAUCAGAAUUGUAAGUUUGAAUGUAACUCAACCUCUACACAAUGUCCUGAUAAUGCCUCAUGUGUUAUCAAAAUAUGCACUGAAAUAUUUCCACGUCUUCCUGAUCUCUGUGAUACAGAUUUAGAUUGUCCUAAUUUGACAAUAUGCAGUCAGUAUAAAAAAUGUGUAUUAAUAUCACAUUUGAACCCACCUACUCCAAUUACCCUUCCAGGAAUAGAUCCCAAUAUACAAGUUUAUUUACAAACUCCAAAAGAAAAAAUUGAACAACAAACCUCUACAACCUCUACAUCCAACAUUAUCAGCCUGAGUACAACUUCUACUCAACAACCAGAAACCAUGGUUCACAAUAUCAUGGAAUGCUAUAAAGAAGUUCAGUGCAUACAAAAUGAUUAUUGUAUAAAUAAUCAGAAUUGUAAGUUUGAAUGUAACUCAACCUCUAAGCAAUGUCCUGAUAAUGCCUCAUGUGUUAUCAAAAUAUGCACUGAAGUAUUUCCACGUCUUCCUGAUCUCUGUGAUACAGAUUUAAAUUGUCCUAAUUUGACAAUAUGCAGUCAGUAUAAAAAAUGUGUAUUAAUAUCACAUUUGAACCCACCUACUCCAAUUACCCUUCCAGGAAUAGAUCCCAGUAUACAAGUUUAUUUACAAACUCCAAAAGAAAAAAUUGAACAACAAACCUCCACAACGUCUACAUCCAACAUUAACAGCCUGAGUACAACUUCUACUCAAAAACCAGAAACCAUGGUUCACAAUAUAAUGGAAUGCCAUGAAGAAAUUCAGUGCAAACAAAAUGAUUAUUGUUUGAAUAAUCAGAAUUGCCAGUUUGAAUGCAACUCAACCUCCAAUCAAUGUUUUGGUAAUGCCUCAUGUGCAACCAAAAUUUGCACUGAAAAAUUUCCACUUCUCCCAAAUUUGUGUGAUACUGAUAAAGAUUGUUUAAAUCUGACAGUUUGCAGCUUGUACAAACAGUGUGUAUUAAUAUCACAUUUAAACCCUCCAACCCCUCUCUUUUUACCAGAUAUAGAUCCCAAUAUUAAAUAUUACUUACAAACUCCAAAGACUCAAAUUGAAGACUUUCCUCCAAAUGACCAUAAUGAAAUUACUAUUACUCCAGAAGAAUCAGAAGUGAUUGUUCACAACAUUCUAGAAUGUGAUGAAGAAUCAGAAUGCACUCCAAAUGAGUAUUGCUUAGAUCCAAGCAUUUGCAAAUUUGAGUGCAAUAACACAUCUAACCAGUGUCCUGAUAAAACUUUGUGUCCCACCAAAACUUGUAUAGAAAUAUUUCCACUUCUUCCUAACCUUUGUAAUGAUGAUUUGGAUUGUACAAACAUGACAGUUUGUGCUUUAUACCAAAAAUGUGUUUCAGUUUCCUAUUUAAAUCCUCCAAUGCAUAUUUCAACCUCUGUGCCAGGAACAAAUCCCAAAAUUCUCGUUUAUUUACAAACUCCAAGAGCUCUCAAAGAAAAUACUUCUCCUUAUCCAAGUUACACAACUUUUAGCACAAUUAUUCCAUUACAAUCAGAAUCUGUAGUACAUAAUAUCAUGGAAUGCAAUGAUGACAUUGAAUGUGUGCCUAAUGCAUACUGUAUUGACAACAAAGAUUGCAAAUUUCAAUGUAACAAAACAACUGAUCCAUGUCCAGUUAACACUCAGUGUCCUACUAAAGUCUGUAUUGAAAUAUUUCCGUCAUCUCCAGAGCUCUGUAAAAUGGAUUCAGAUUGUCCUGUGACUACAAUUUGUAGUCUUUUUAAGAAAUGUGUAUCAAUCACACAUCUUAAUCCUCCCAUCAAAAUUUCAUCCUCCUUGCCAGACACAAUAAAUAAAACUGUAAUUGUCUUUCUUCAAACUCCCAAACCAAUUACUACAGUAAACUAUUCAACUUCCACACCUCUGAAUGAGGACCUAGUUACAACCACCAUUCUUCCAACUGAUAUUUCAUAUCCAAGUGAAUUCACACCAAUGGUUAAUGUUCAAUUCUGUACACACCCAGUUCAUUGUCAACCUAACAGCUAUUGUCAAGAUCCAACAAUUUGUGCUUAUCACUGCCAUUCUGUAAAUGACAAAUGUGAAAAUAAUGAUUGUGUCAGGGAAAUCUGCAUUGAAAAAUUUUUCUGGGAAACAACCUCAAUAUGCAAUAAUGACACUGAUUGUCCUGACCUAUCAACAUGCAGUAUGUACAAAAAAUGCACAUUUACAUCAUACCUGAAUCCCCCUGCUCCUGCAAGUUCAUUGAUUAAGAAUCCAUUUCCAACAUUUUAUGUGUUUUUCCAAACAUCCAAUCCUAACACUUCUGUCAAUUCUAUUCUUCAGAACAAAACAUUUGCAACUCCAUCAUUUGUACCUAUCUCCAAGUCCUCAAUCGUGAACAUACAGUUGUGUGAAGAAAACAGACAUUGCAAAGUAAAUAGAUACUGUGACCCAAUUCGAGAAUGUGUCUACUUUUGUCAAAAUGUUUCUCAGAACUGCACUGUCCCUAAAUGUGUAAAAGAAGCCUGUUUUGAAAUUUUUCCAAAUAAUGUGUCAUAUGAAUGUCUUUCAGAUAAAGACUGUUUAGACUUUGAAAUAUGCAGUCUGUAUCAGAAAUGUACGUCCACAUUUUUCUUAACACCUCCAGCUCCUGAUUCAGAAUUUAUUUCAGAUAGGAGUACCAUGUUAUCUGUAUUUGUCCAGAAUGCCAUUCCUGAUCAAUCUGAUAAUGGUCCUGGCAAUGACUACAUGAUCCUGAACCCUUUUCUCACCACUGUUACUCCUAAAAUCAUAAUAGACCCUAUGAUUACUCUUACUACAAGUGUAGAAACAACAAGCACAGUUUUAACAUCGAGAAUAGUUGACACAUCUGAUCCAAUAACACCAACAACAUUGAAUACUACAACACCAACUACUGUUGAUUCUACUGAAGUGCAACAAUCAGUAAUUUUUGAUUUAACAACAGAACCAACUACAAUAUCUCUCCCAGUGUCAUCAUUAUCCCCAAUAACCCAGUUUUCUACAUUUUCUACAGAACCUACAGGCUCAUCGUUGAUUAUCAAUGAUCCUGAAACCAUUUCUACCACUGAAAUACAACUAUCUACAGUCAUUGAUGUAUUAACAGAAACAAGUAUGAUCACAGAGUCAUCAAUUUUACCAAGCACAGAAACAGUUUUGUUUUCUACAUUUUCUACAGAAUCUACUACUAAAAAACAACAAUCUACUGUCAUUAAUUUAUCAACAGAAAAUACUUCAAUAUCCAUAACAGAGUCAUCAUUUGCACCAAUGACUACAAUAGCAUUGUUGUCUACAAUAUCUACAAAAUCUACUGACUCAUCAUUGAAUAUAAGUGAUCCUGAAUCCAUUCCUACCACUGAAAUACAGCAAUCUACAACUAUUGAUUUAACAACAGAACCAAGCACAACAAUAGCAUUGUUGUCUACAAUAUCUACAAAAUCUACAGGCUCAUCAUUGAAUAUCAGUGAUCCUGAAUCCAUUCCUACCACUGAAAUACAGCAAUCUACAAUCACUGAUUUCACAAGUGAAUCCACUACAAUAUCCUUAACAGAGUCAUCAUUUUUACCAAGCACUACAAUAGCUUUUUUGUCUACAUUUUCUACAGAAUCUACAGUGUCAUCAAUGAUUACUAGUGAUCCUGGAUCUAAUUUUUCAACUCCCUCUCAAGAGGAGACAACUCAAGAGGGAACAUCAACCUCAUUAUUGUCUACUUUUUCCCUUAGCACAUCUUCAACAAUAGUUACUUCUAUAGCAAUGGAAACAUCAGUUGAAUCUACUGCAUAUAAUACUUCUUUACCUCCCAGCCAAGUUACAUCUCCAUUUUCUACCUCUCUCACUUCUGUAGCAUCUCAGCCAGUAGAUUCCAGUACAACAACAGUCAUUUUAAUGACAAUGCCAACAACACUAAAUCUAGUGCCUUCCUCAGUUACUCCUUCUACAACACUGGAAGUAACAGGUCUACCAACUUCUUCAGAGGUGGGAUCCUCUCAAUCUGAGACAACAUUUUCAACGGUUAUUGCUUUAUCAUCUGAAACUGCACCUUCAACAGAAACAAAUGCUUCAGAGAUGACAACCAGCCUCUCAGAGGUUAUAUCAACAAUAGAUACACUAAUUACAACCUCUCCCCCAGACAAAAAUUUUGCUAAUGAAACUUUGCAACCUUCAAUCACCAAUUCUGUAUCAGUACUCACAUCUGCUUCGACUACUACGCCAACAACUUUGACAACAUUGGAAACAAUUCCACCAGAUUUUGGGUCUAAUGAGAUUGGCAAUUCUAGCGGAGGGUAUAUAUUGUCAGGAGGGAGAAAUGAACUGAUGUCAAAUGAAAGAAGUGUAGAGUUGAUAGGCAAAUUUGAUUCCUGCUCCUUAACACCAUCAGUUAUACCAAUUCUUCCACUUGGCAUCUAUGAUCAUAUGACAUCUUAUGUUGAUAACAGUCUUUUGGUUUGUGGUGGUCAUUCAAGGCCUAAUUUGAUAAGUGAUAUGUGUUAUUCUUACAAGAAACCAGACCUUGAGUGGAAACAAGUUGAAAAUAUGCCUGAAAAAGCAAUGAAUUCUGCAAAGGUUACAAUUGGGACUAAGGUGUAUUUCCUUGGUGGUUGGACGAAUCAUCCCUCCAACCUUAGCUUCAUAUAUGAUUCCGCAACAUCAACUUGGUCUGAGGGGGUCAAAUUAACUCUUGGGAGAACCAACCAUUGUGCUGUAACCUUCAAAGGAAAAAUUAUAAUUACAGGUGGAAAAAUCACACAAUCUGGGUCAGGAAGCAGUCACAUUAGCACUGUGGAAGAGUUUGACCCUGACAAAUCAUCCUGGACUUCUUUACCAAGCAUGCAGCUGAAAAGGGAAUCUCAUGGCUGCUCUCUCUACAACUUGGCAGGCAAAAAUGUCUUAGUUGUAAUUGGUGGCACCGGAGAACACAAUGAUACAGAGAUAUCUGUUGAGUAUUUGGAUCUAGAUGCACCAACUCAAUGGAUCUUUUUAAAUCCUGUUCAUACGCCCCGCUGCUGCUGGCCUCAGGUUGCCAUGAUCCAUGAUCAGCUCCAAGUUAUGUCUGGAGAAAAGAAACCUUCCGAAGUAAUAGAAAUCUUUAACAGCCAGACCAUGGAUUGGGAGGAUGCUGGUUAUACAACCCAGGCAAGACGGUUACAAAGUUCUGGAACACAUGUUCCCCAUGAUUUUUUAAAUUGUUUCUGAAUGUUUUCCGGAUAUUUGAAAAUAAAUGUGUAUUAAAGAAAGA